UCCGAACCUCGCAAACGCCGUCGGCCGGCCAAAUCGUGUGAGCAGUGUCGCCAGCGCAAAGUCCGAUGCGAUCGCAAUGUCCCCUGUGGUCCAUGUAGGCGCUCGCGGUCUUCAGUGGACUGUUCAUAUCGGGAGAACCUCCGUUCCCCGAGCCCAGUCGCGAUUGAGCAGACGCCCCUACAUGCGACGCAACCGAGUGCUUCGACUGCGGGUCCAGCUAAUCAUGUCCUUCAGGAGACGCAACCACCAGAUCUGACAGCUAGUGGGACUAUAGCAUCAGUCUAUCACCCUGAAGUAAGGAACUCAGCAGAUGGAUUAGUUGGCACCCACGAACCGCCUGCCAUUUCGCAACACGGUUCAUCAGUUCGUCAGCUCCAGGACCGGCUGCAACGUCUAGAGGCGCAGCUGGCGGACUCAUCGACUGGGUCGGAUCAACCUCUGGAGCGAACCUUGCGAGAUCUGUGCUGCAAGGUCCAGGCAUUGGAGGAACGGCUGUCGUCGCAAUCAACGCAUUCUACCCCGAGAAUGGAGCCGGAAAGAGAAGGGCCUGGAAGGCAGGAACAGAUGUCGACUAUGCCUUCGACACCUCUGCGGCUGGAUGCGAAAGUGAGAAAGAUGAAGUUGUUUGGUCCGACUCAUCAUGUCUAUACAUUGGAAAAGCUUCAGAUGCUCGGUUCCCUCGCAGGCAAGGACCCGCAGUCUGCGUAUCCGGAGCGCAAAGCUGAACUGGCGACACUCAUCAAGGAAUGCCGAAACCUCCGCAAGUCAGUCAAAAAGAGACAGUCUCUGAAACUGAAUGACCCUGUGUCAGAUCUGCUCGAUUCGAUACCCGCAAAAGAUGUGUGCGACGAAUUGGUGCGCUGUUACAUGGACACUUUCGAGCCUGUGUAUCGAAUCCUUCACUUGCCAAGUUUUCGCAAGGAGUAUCAUCGGUUUUGGGAGGAACCUCCCGCCAAGGUCACGCCUUUCCUUGUUAAAUUGACCCUGGUACUCGCUAUAGGCACUACUUUCCAUCCACGGCGAAGUAAAGCAGGCACUGAACAUGAAUCUCAGUUAGUCCAGUCCUGGAUAUACGCAGCUCAGUGGUGGCUCACUGGACCAACAGAGCGAUUGACAUCGAGCCUAGAGGGUAUUCAGGCCGUUUGUCUGCUUCUUCUCGCCCGUCAGAUGGGAGACCUGGGACCGUCUAUCUGGCUGUCACCGGGGUCUCUUCUGCAGGCGGCCACGGCCAUGGGCCUGCAUCUGGACUCUGCCAGAUUCCCCAGCCUGUCGCCCUAUAUGGCCGAAAUGCGUGCACGUCUAUGGACAACCGUUCUAGAGCUCACAAUCCAAUGCUCCCUGGACACCGCUGUACCACUGAUCAUCCCCGCUUCAUCUGACAGCAAGCCCCCUUGCAACCUUAACGACAAGGACCUUGACCCUGACAUGAAACAACCAACCACAGCCCGACCCAUGUCCGAACUGACAGACUCCUCCAUCCAAUUGCUGCUUCAUGAAUCCUUCUCCCUCCGCGCUGAAGCCGUCAAUCUCAUCCAUGACCGUUCAAAACUCACGUACACCCAAGCCAUUCAGCUGGGUACCAAGCUCCGUGAUGUCUGCCAAACCCUGACUAGUUUCUUCUCCUCCCAUGCCCCGUCUCCCACCACCCCUCAGCAUCAAAAUCAAUCCCAGCACACAAACAGCGACCUCCACCCGGCCUCCUUCCACCACAAAUUCCUCGACAUGAUCCUCCGCCGAUACAUCCUCCUCCUCCAUCUCCCAUUCAUGCGCGAAGCAGCCACCAACCCUCAGUAUCAUUUCUCGCGCAAAGUCUGCCUCGAAUCCGCCAUGAUCAUCGCAUCCUACGCCAGCACCCUGAAUCUCCCCGCCACCACGGACCUUGACGCCUUCGCCCGUCUCCUCAUCGCCGGCCGCGGCUCGUUCCGUGGCCCCUUAAGUCUGGAACUCUUCUCCAUCCUCGGACUAGAAGUGAUUACCCAACUCGAUGAAUCCCCUCCUCCUCCUCCUCCUCCUCCUCCGCAGCCCCCUGCCUCCGCCCCCACCUUGACAGCAACAGCAAUGACCUCAAACCCCCUCGCCGAGCUCGCCCGCGCCACACGAGCCCCCCUGAUCCAAACCCUCGAGCAUAUCCGCGACCAGAUCUUCCAGAUCAUCCGCCUCGGCACCCCGAGUCUCAAACGCUGUAUCGUCCUCUCGGCGAUGUUGGCGCAGAUCCGCGCCAUGGAGACGGGCGACUCCGUCGAGGAGGCCGUCGGCGCGUCGCUGGUCCUCAGCCUGAAGGAGUGCUAUGCUGCGUUGCAGAGCUUUGCGGCGGCG